AUGUACUUCCACAAGCUGAUUUUAUGGCUGAUGCUACCUACGAAUUUGAUGAAAUAGAGGCCCUCCCCAUUUCGGCUAUGCAAAUUUCGAGCAUGUCUUGGCUUUUUGGAUUUUUUAUUUUUGUGAAUGAUCGCUGGUCACUGAGAUCAUAUUACUUCUGAAGUUGUAGAACAUGAUGGGUCUUCUCCUCUAACAGGAAUCCUGAAAGUGCUUUGUCCCGAUAUGGUCGUCUUCGGCUGUCAGGAGUACGUGCGGAAAUGCAUUGGUGAAGAAUUCCUCAAUUUUGAAGGUUCCAACGACCUAGGAGCGGUCCUUGCGGAUUGCCGGUGCACUACUGCAGUGCUUUUCUUAUGUCUGUUGUUGCAUCACCUAGUUGUUAAGUGUUUGCCAGCAACUCAAUCGUCCGUAGGUGCUAUAUGCCUAUUUGGGAUGCACAGGAGAAUAGAAUAGAUCGCAUUUGCAAUUGCGUCACCUCCUAGUUGUUGCACUUGCGUCACCUAGUAGCUUGAGUUUCUCGCUGUACUCCACCUUGCGCUACUAGAAGCCUAGACGUAUCAUGGUACUAGAGAUACUGGGAGUCGAAGUGCGUGUGAUAGAAAUACCGGAGGUCUACAAAAAGUUCUAAUCUCCGUCCUAUCCGCUGGCGCUGACCCGAGUGGAAUGCUGAUGCGCCAUGCAAAUUCUCACAACAGAAAGGUUGAAAGCAUUUCCCUUGGCCAGGGUCAGGGACCGAGAGCACAGAGACUCAUCGAACAGGGUCGUCGAGAAGGAAAGUGGGUCCUCUUGCAGAAUUGCCAUCUCUGUCGCAGUUGUUAAGGCUCAACUUUCAGUGGUCAUUGGAGUUGGUCACUGAGAUCGAAGAGGCGACCCCUUGAGGAAAGAUGGGGGGAAAACGAAGGGAAAGGGGAGAGCUUUGGAGGGGGUUUCUUCCGUUCAGAGUCAGUGACCAAUGAAUGCUGAGCUUUAAAGUUGGAUGCCACAACUGGAGAAACUCACAGAUGCGAUAACGCAAGACAACGGCGACAAUACGGAUCCGGAGUUCCGGUUGUUUCUCACGAGCAUGCCCUGUGUCUAUUUCCCACAGACAUUGCUGCAGAAUUUAAGAAAUGACUCUACUUAAUACCUAGUAGUACUUCUACCAUAAUUUUUAAUUUUUAUAGCUGCUACUUCAUCUUCAUCUGGAUCUGCGACUCUGCCUGGAGGACGGAGAGGAACAAUAACAUUUUAUUGAUAAAUUGACUCUUCUACUAUCAUCUGCUUAGACUCGGCUCGUCUUCUUGACCUUGACGAGAGUCUAAGCACUCGCGGCCUUUUUCUAAGAAUUGCCGUGAAAAUGACUACGGAACCUCCGAAGGGCGUCAAGGCCAAUUUGAAACGGAGUUUGCGCCAUUUGAGGGAUGCAGAUCUCAAAGUCUUAGACUCUGGAGAGGGAAGCUUUACUUCAGAAAAAGCGAGAAUUUGGCAGAAAUUGCAAUUGGGACUUAGGUACUCCGAUUACCAUGGAGGGCGUUCCUCUUCUGAUUCAGGACUCAGGUUUAUCGACUGGUCGACUACCUAGACAUAGAGAAGAUACUAACUUCUGUGUUUGAGACUCAGGUGUACUUUGACGUGAGCCGUCCUCUUGAACUACGAAAGACAUUGAAAAUGAGGCUCGCUUCACCCACACUGUUAUCUUUCGAAGAAAGAGCGACUUCGACCCCCGUAAUCAAUAUUUUGUGUCACUAUUCUUGAACACUACCUUUUUUUACAACGUAGGAUAGCAAGAGUCGGUCCUCUCCAAGACAGCGCUCGGCAAGGGCACUCCAGCGUAGGCAGGAGUGUCCUGGUCGUCAAAGACUCCCGCACCGCCGGAGGCUGGCAACAGAGCACGGAAGAGGGGGCGGCGUAGUCAGUGGAAGGACAGCCGGCUCGCUUAUUGUUGUUGUUCUGUUUUACACGCGCCCUGAUCAGGGCGUUGCCACUGCCGGGCGGCUUUCCCCACAGUGGCACCCGCGGGUGUCAAGUGGGCAAGGCCUUUGGUCGCGCUGUUCAGUUCGCCGUAAGGUGCCGCCGCGCUGACCAGGAUGAAGGAAGGAACUUUACACUUUUGUGCUCAUCGUCACAGGUUCUUUCACGCAGUAAUCCAGGAGCGGCGGAAGUUCGGACCUCUUGGAUGGAACACCUCCUACGAGUUCAACGAGUCGGAC